GAGGGGUGAGGGAGGAUGGGAGGGUGCGGGCCGGGCCCUGUUGGUGUGCUCAGAACGAGGAGCACACGGUGUGCCUCCCGGCCCAGGGACGCAUGAAGCACUCCGAGCCCUGUAGUUGGCGUCCCAUGUAAAGCACUGGCUUUGCUGCAGCCUGCAUGGUGCGAGUGUUUCGGCAGUGGCACCUGGUGGCAACGGACUGCCACCACAGGGUGUUGCUCCCUGCCACCAGCCCGGGCUCGGCUGCUGAAGCAGUCAAGGCAGUGAGGUUUCCCUGCGCUGCAGAUGUUGGUGCCCAGAGCCUGUGCAGGGAGUCGGUCAUUGGCUCUGGUGACAGCCACGCUCUGGAUUUGCAGCCAAGGAGGGAGCUCAGCUCCUCUGCCCCCAUGCCAGCCUGGUGCCCGGGGCACUGUCCUCACAUCCCUGCGGUGCUGAGCUGUGGUGCUGCAGCUGUGGAGCCUCUCCUGACCUGCCUGGGGGUGGGCUCUGACCUGGGCCCUGGGGCCCCUCCACACUCACAGCGUGUCCUGGCAGGAGAGGCUCUGCUUGUGUCCCCAGCACCUUACUGGGAGCACACGGGGUAUGUGUGUGAGACAGAUAGCCUCAGGAGAGGAGUGUUUGAGAGGGGACGCUGGCCGGGUCCUAUCCUGUUUCUGGCCCUCUUGGGGUCAUGGUGUUCACUGGGGCCGUGACCACAGCAAAGUGACAGCCAGGGCAGGGCGAGCUGAGACAUCACAGCUGCGGGGGAUUUCAUCAGGAUGUUUCUCACUGUGUUAGCUGUUUUUCCUUCCCCUUUUGCAUAAAUGGUGCAGCAAAUGUGUCGGUAACUGCUUGGUCAUUGUGUUCAGGGGAAGGCCUCACAGGGAAGGUCCCUUGGGAGAUACUGUAUGCCCUCUGUUCCCAGCCCGGCUCACCAAGGCAGGUGGAGGCCUCACAGCUACCAUCCUAUGCAGGGUCACGUCAUCCUGCCUGCAGUGCAGGCUGAGUGCAGGGCUGUGAGGGGACAAACACACCAGAACCUGGCUGGCUGCUCCCGGCACUGGUGCAGGAUGUAACCUUUCUUCUUGCAAACCAUGCUGCGGUGCCCUCAGUGCACCAGGCAGAGGGCUGCGGGCCUUUGGCUCCGUUCAUUGCUGAGCAGCCACCUAACAGCUCCAGGCACUGUGGGCAGCUCAGAGCCGGGCUUUGGAGGGCUGGGGCUGGACCGAGGGGUCCGUUGGCAUCAGCCCCGCUGUGCCACCCCUGCCUGCCCCGGCACUGGUCAGGUACUGGUGGUGCUCGGGGGGCAACGGUCCUGUUCUGGGGGGGGUCUCGCUGUGGUGGGCUGAGACCCGCUGGGAGCUCAGUGGGGCUGCCCUCUCCCAUCCCCCUGCUCUGCCCCUGUUUUAAUGUCCAGCAUCCCUGGAGCUCCGUGGAAGGAGCGCACGCAGCUGGACAUGUGUUUCCGCUUAGCCCCAACAACAAUGACUCACUGCAGGGCACUGUGCCCUGAGCACACGCAUUGUCUGCCCCGCAGCACAGCCCUGACCCUGGUGCUUGGCCUCGUUCUGCAGACCCUGGGGCUGCUGCUGCUCCCUGCCCACGUCAGCUGCUGUCGUGCUGCUUUGCUCUCACCUGCACUGUGCUCAGCCCAUCCUGGGGACAGCGGCUCUGCAGCACCUAUCCCCUCCUCAGCCCACAGGCAGCAGGCCCUUGUGCUGCGUCCUCUCCACCCCAGCUCUCAUUCCAAGAUCCCACCUCGCUCUCCAGGCUGCCAAACCCCAGGUGCUGGGGGGCCGCUGGGCCGCGUGGCACAACCAGGGCUGGGCUGCGGCAUCCCUGUGCCCCCCCGGCCCCACUGAGCACUCAGAGCGGGUGCCCACUGCCACAGCAUCUGCCCAGAGCCCACUGCCAUCUUUCAUGCCACCACCCUGCAGUGAGUGUGAGCUCACCUCCCCGCACACUCCCUGCAGGUUCACACAGGGCUUGGACCAGGCUCAGCUGCUCACCUUUCAGUUGUUUCCUCUCAUCCUAAAUGGCGAAAGCACCGACACCUCCACCAGAUGUGAGCGGGGCAGCUCUGUGGCUCAGGAGCCGCUGGCAUCGCCACAGCACUGCUGUCCCCACCAGCACAUCUGCAGCGCCCGGCUCAGCUGCACCCACACACCGCGUGCGCCGGGGCAGAGACAGAGCCGGGGCUGCCCUCGUUGGGACGAUGGCGAUGCAGAGCCGCAGCUGUGCGACAGGUACGGACAUACCGGCAGCAUCCAGGAGUGGAUGGGCAGAUUUGCGAGGCGUGCUGCGGGCACGAGGGAGAGACCCGAGGGCAGCGGGGCACGGCGGAGAUGCAGAGCCCCUGAUCCGAGCAAAGGCCGUCUCGGCGAAGGAGGUGGAUUCAGGGAAUGACAUUUAUGGGAACCCCAUCAAGCGAAUCCAGUACGAAGUGAAGCAGAUCAAGAUGUUUAAGGGCCCCGACCAGGACAUCGAAUUCAUCUACACGGCGCCGUCCACGGCAGUGUGUGGGCAGCCUCUGGACACAGGAGGCAAGAAGGAGUACCUGAUUGCAGGCAAAUCCGAGGGCGAUGGCAAGAUGCACAUCACGCUGUGUGACCUGGUUGCCACCUGGGACUCGCUGAGCCCCACCCAGAAGAAGAGCCUCAACCAGCGGUACCAGAUGGGCUGCGAGUGCAAGAUCUCGCGCUGCCUCUCCAUCCCCUGCUUCGUAUCCUCCUCGGAUGAGUGCCUCUGGACAGACUGGGCGAUGGAGAAGAUCGUGGGCGGGCGGCAGGCCAAGCACUACGCCUGCAUCAAGAGGAGCGACGGCUCGUGCGCCUGGUACCGCGGCAUGGCCCCCCCGAAGCAGGAGUUUCUCGACAUCGAGGACCCCUAAGCCGACCGAGCGCAUUCCAGUAGCCAGUAGGAAAGCCCAGCGAGAUGUUAGACUGGUCCACGCCGACAUCGGGGCCUGGAAACAGCAUGAAAACCCACACAGCCCCGAGGGGCCGCAGGGCACGGAGCUGCCACGUGUGCGUGGGGCGGGGGGGGCCCACUGCGCCGCGCACACCCUGCACCGCGUGCACCCUGCGCCGGGCAGGGCAGCCCCAUUCCCUGCAGGCUGAACGCCGGUGAGCAGCGGCAGCCGCCCCUGGUCAGCGGGGAUCCUGCUGCCAGCUGGGGCUACCCAGCAGCAGCACCGCGCUGUCCCCAUCCCAUCCCUUGCCGUGGGGUGCCGGGAGGGUGCAGAUCGGCAGCGGCUGCUCCCACCCGCGGAAGCCGUGGGGCUCUCGCCCACUGUAGCCCUGAGGGGCCGGACGGGGGUCAGCGCCAGGCGGCGGGGGGGGAUGGCAGCAGGACACCGUCCCCACAGCCCCUCUCUCUGAGCCAUUUCCCCACACACACACACACACACACACACACACGGCCAGCCGCGGCUCGGGCCGUUUUCAUGCUGUGCAUCCCUAUAGGGUGACGAUGUGGCGCUGGACCAGUCUGGGCAACUUCAACGCGUUAAAGGAAAAAGUGAAAGAAAAAAAAGAAAGAAAAAACAAAAAAAAAAAAAACAAAGAAAAAAAACAAACAAACAAAAAAAACCAACCCCACCCACCCUCUAAUCAGUCCCAUAUAGGACUCCCGUUCGCUUCUGUAUGGUUAUAUCAUAUGUGACAUUUACUCCUGUCUCUGCUGGUAGCCUGUCUCUGAGUUAAUACCCCCACUGUUCUGCCAUCAGCUCUAUCAUUCCCGUGCUGUGAUUUUUGUUGUUGUUGUCGUUGUUUUUUGGGGUGUUUUGGUUUUGGUUUUUUUUUUUUUUUUGGGGUUUUUAUUUCCCCGUUAGGCGUUAGAAUUGCACUUAUUUUUCUAAAGGGGCUCUGCAGUGGGGCGGGGGGGAGCGGGGAGGGGCUGUGGGGCAGCGCCCGGGCAGGCCCCGGCCCUCGGCCCCCCCCGAGCCCCCCGGAGCCCCCCGGAGCUGCUUUAAUUUAUGGCCGUGGCCGCACUCCGGGCCAGCAGCUCCAUGCGGUGUGCGGAAAGGAGGAGAAAUAGAGCAAAAAAAGAAAAAAGAGGAAGAAAAACAGAAAAGACGAAAAGUUUACGUAUAGUUAUUUUCAGAUCUCUGCUUGAUAAGUAUUAAAGUAAGAUGUAUCUAA